UCGUGUGUAAUAACGUAGCCAGCAGUGAGCCGCCCGUUGUCUGCCCAUGUUGUUCGCCGGGUGGAGUUUGGCUGUAGUCCGCUAGACAAAGACGGCUGACUGACCAGUGAAAGCCUGCUGUACCGGCACAGGAUGUACCGUGACUGAAGGUCGGUGUUACACUGAGCUGCGGAGCCCCUAGACCCUGACCAGACACGGGAACCACCUGCUGUGCCCAGCGUGUUUUUGUUUCAUUGUUUACAUCUCUGUCGCCAGAGGGAGGCUGUGCUCAAAUAGCAAAGGACAUCUGCAGCAGGGACCUAUAUCAUUGCAUCGCAGCUGCUUUAAAGACCUCACAUCCCCAUAUCGUGGAGCUGAAUCCAGCUGAGUUUACAGAAUCUGAUUGAUGGUGAAAAUAAUGAAAUUUAUUGAUAUUGCCCAAGAGGGCAACGCCAAGAUGGUCAGUUGUACUUGUAAUGACUCUGUGCUCAGUGUGAGGAGAAGCUCCAUCCCCUAGUUAUCUUGAUGAAGGCCUUUUUCUGACAAAAGAUAAGGGCCACUUGGGGCCAGGAGGUGGAUUGCUGUACGUCCUCUGCCAUCUGCUCUGCCCUCUGAUUUCAACGAUUUGAUCGAUUUCAUCGCCCUCCUGACUUCAAGAUGGAGCUCUUCUUCAACCCCUUUGACAACUUGGUGUGUAUCCUGCUGGGCAUCUCCUUCACCGUGUGGUUCACCCUGCUGCUGGUCUUCAUCAUCGUGCCUGCCAUCUUUGGGGUGUCCUUUGGCAUUAGACGUCUUUACAUGAAAACCUUGUUAAAGCUCUUUGAGUGGGCCACACUUAGGAUAGAGAGAGGAGCGAAAGAAAAGAACCACCUCUUGUACAAACCCUACUCAAAUGCUAUCAUUGCCAAGGAGCCCACCUCUUUGGAGGAGGAGAUCAAGGAGAUCCGGCGGAGCGGCAGCAACAGGGACCUGAACUCAGCCUCUGAGUUUGAGAUGUCUGACAUCUUCUAUUUUGCUCGGCGAGGAGUGGAGAGCAUCAUGGACGAUGAGGUGACCAAGCGGUUCUCCGCUGAAGAGUUGGAGUCCUGGAAUCUGCUGACUCGCAGCAACAACAACUUCCACUACAUCAGCCUGAGGCUGACCGUCCUAUGGGGGCUGGGCGUGCUGAUCCGCUACGGCUUCCUGCUGCCUCUCAGGGUAACUCUUGCCUUCACUGGUGUAGGCCUCCUUGUGUUCCUCACCUGUCUUAUUGGGUUACUGCCAAAUGGAAGGAUGAAAAACUUUCUGAGUGAGAAAGUCCAUUUGAUGUGCUACAGAAUAUGUGUCCGAGCUCUGACUGCCAUUAUAACCUACCAUGACAGUGAGAAUAAACCCAAGAAUGGAGGUAUCUGUGUCGCCAACCACACCUCACCCAUCGAUGUUAUCAUCCUGGCCAGCGAUGGCUGCUAUGCUAUGGUUGGCCAAAUUCAUGGUGGCUUGAUGGGGGUCAUUCAGAGAUCCAUGGUCAAGGCCUGCCCACACAUUUGGUUUGAACGCUCAGAAGUCAAAGACAGACAUCUAGUGGCCAAAAGAUUGAGUGACCAUGUAGAAGAUAAAUCUAAACUGCCCAUUCUCAUUUUCCCAGAAGGUACCUGCAUUAACAACACGUCAGUUAUGAUGUUUAAGAAGGGCAGUUUUGAGAUUGGUGCCACAGUCUACCCUGUGGCUAUUAAGUAUGACCCCCGAUUUGGAGACGCCUUCUGGAAUAGCAGCAAGUUUGGUAUGGUCAACUACCUGUUGCGUAUGAUGAGCAGCUGGGCCAUCGUCUGCAGUGUGUGGUACCUUCCUCCCAUGUCAAGAGAGGAGGGUGAGGAUGCUGUACAGUUUGCCAAUCGUGUGAAGGCAGCCAUAGCCAGGCAAGGCGGACUUGUCGACCUUCUGUGGGAUGGAGGACUGAAGCGAGGAAAGGUAAAAGAUACCUUUAAAGAAGAGCAGCAGAAGCUGUACAGUAAAAUGCUCGUGGGCACCCAAGAGGACCGCAGUCGCUCCUGAAGGACCUGUGUGAAGGUGGACUGGCUCAGAUACCCACUUGGGCACCGCUGACUAAACAGGCAGUCAGCAGGGCUGCGUCUCUUCUGGAGCGCUUGGACUGGAAAAUUCCCUCUCUGAUGUCAACAGUACUCCAUUUGGCUUCCUCGGUCACUGCCUCAGCCAGGCAUGUUCAGUUUGCGUCGCUGUUACGGGUCAUUCUGAGUCUGCUGCCCUUUGUUGGAAUAGCUCGACUGAAGCCCCGCUUGCAUUAGAAUGAAAUUAAGGUGCACACAGAAACGGAGCAUCGUCUUCCUUGUUGGCAGUCUUAUGAGGGAAAACAUUUAUUAUUAUCUAUUUGAGUUCCUGUCUUUGUUGGGUAGUUUCAACUUUAUAAUUUUAAUUUUUAUUGUCAUGUUUGUAUCACACUGUGUUGAAGUUACAGAGCUGAUUAUACCCGAGACAUAGAAGAGAGUUAUUGUAGAUAAGAACUAGUUUGUUCUAAAGCUAAAACCUGUGACUGAGUUGGGGUUUUGCAUGACUGGCUUUUGCCCAUGAUUUAUGGCACAAUGCCAGAUUUUGUUACAUUUCAAAUAUUUUUAUGGGCCUUUUCCAAGAGAAGAAAAAAAAAAACUUGUAUUUUAAGCUUUGUGUUUUACAUUAAGACUUGUAUCAACACACGUGGUCACUAUAGGAGUUACAUUGCAGAUGAGCUCUCGAUAUGUUGUCUGUUUCUGUGUUUCUUCCAUGGAAUGUGUAAAUUCCUCACAUUAUGAAAUGGAAAUUGUGUAACCACAGUAACUCAGAUGAAGGUUUACGGAUUGAGGUAGAUAUUCCUCAUCGUCCCACUUAAUAUGCAGCAUAACUGGAGCAAAAGAGUUCAUAGUCGAUUCAUUAAGAAUUUAUUUGGGAAGCUUUUAGCUUUGUCCCUUUAAAGCCCGUGGCACUCAGACAGUGAUGCAGGAUAAUGACCCUCACAAUCGGUCUCCUGACUCUAAAACAUAGUUAUAACGACAAUUAGCUGAUAUAUUCAUACUAAUACACUUCCUAACAGGCAUCAUGUUCUUCAUUGGCUUCCUGCUUGUGCAGCGACCAUCCUGCCUAAUUUAUUUUAAGUUAACUCUAAAAGCUAUUGUCUUAAUUUCGCCCCUUCAUCAGUGAUCUUUUCUCUGACUUGGCAGCCUCUUCAGGGAGGUUUUAAAGAGAGAGACGGAGUGCAGCUGUAGUUUGGACUCCCCAUUAGGCUGGAGCGAAGGAACACAGCGGACAGCCUUGAGGGUUUCUCCCUGAAUCCCUCAUCCCUCUAGCUUACUGUUAUCAGGGACAGUCAUUUAGAUUGUGUCAAAUCUGUUCAUCAAAAUAAAUGUUGAAGAAUGUGACUCGAAA